AGGAGUAACUCAUGUCAGAAGCUGUUGUCGCGUCGAGUCACGCGUUGUAGCAGGCACACCAGGACACGGUGACGCCUGCUUGCGAACGUGGUGAAGUCGUGAUUACGGAAAUCCUGGUGAUAAGUGCGUUCGAAAUUCUAGAGGUCGGUCGACCGUCGUUGGUGUCGGUUCCUUGAGUUGUCAGGAAGAAUUUGUAAGGAAAUUGGAAAUUUGAAAUUGUAAGGGAGUUGUGCUAGGGCAGGAUGGUGGCUCAAUUCACUAGGAGACAAUGGCUGACGCUGAUCGUCAUCAGUAUUGCGGACUUUGCGAACGCUAUUUGCGUUUCUCUUCAGGCACCCUUUUAUCCGCAAGAGGCUGAGAAGAAGGGUGCAUCGCCGUCCGAGUAUGGAUUGGUUUUUGGAGUGUUCGAGUUGAUUGUCUUCAUUGUCAGUCCUCUUUAUGGACGAUACUUACACCGGAUUGGACCAAAACUCUUGUUCAACGGAGGAAUCCUAACGACAGGAACUUGCGCUAUCUUCUUCGGUCUGCUGGAUAAGGUGAACGGUCAUUAUCCCUUCAUAGUCCUUUCGUUCGUGAUUAGGAUCGUCGAGGCAAUGGGAAACGCAGCUUUUCUUACAGCCAGUUUCGCCAUUAUCGCCAAAGAGUUUCCGGAUAAUGUUGCCACGACUUUUGCUAGCCUCGAAACGUUCUUUGGGUUGGGACUCAUUGUGGGACCGACUGUAGGUGGCGCGCUCUAUCAGGUUGGAGGAUACACGACGCCAUUUGUUGUUUUGGGAUCCGCGCUGUUCACGACUGCAGUUAUGACUAUUUUUAUUUUGCCUGUUCAUCCGAAUAACAAUGAAGAGACUCAGAAUACAGGAGGAGUGACUAAAGCCUUAAAAAUCCCCGGUGUGCUAAUUGCCACAGCAUCGAUAAUCGCGACCAGUAUGAGCAUAGGAUUUUUGCAAGCAACAUUAGAACCACAUUUAAGGCAAUUUGACCUGAGCCCCGUUAUUUUGGGCCUAAUGUUCGUCAUUAAUGGCGGUACUUACGCUAUUACUGCCCCAGCAUGGGGUUGGCUUUGCGACAAAUACUCUCAUCCUAAGGUAGCCACAGUAGCUGGAUGUAUAUUAGUUGUGGUAGGGUUCUGUCUAGUAGGACCAGCGCCAUUUAUACCAUGUCAAACCACAAUAUGGAUGACAAUUUGUGGACUCGUGGUGCAUGGUUUGGGCAUGGCUGCCCAGCUGGUUGCCAGCUUCACGGAUGCCUUGAGAACAUCCAUAGCCUAUGGCUUUCCAAACAAUCUUGAGACCUAUGGUUUGGUCAGUGGAUUGUGGACGAGUACGUUUGCCCUGGGUGCUUUUAUUGGACCUAGUGUGGCAGGCAUUCUUUUGGACAACACUGGUUUCAGGAAUGGUACUAUGUUCAUCGUGAUGCUCCAUUUAAUAGUGGGAGUAAUAGCCGCGGUGUUCCUGAGCAGUUGCACACGAAAACGAAAACCGUACACGGAGGUUAGUGCCAACGAGGACCUGAGGGUACCUCUGACGGGUAGCAGCGAAUCGAGGAGCGGCAGCAUGCGAUAUGGCAGUCGUGGUCAGGGUGUACCUAUCGACAGGCCCAGCGGCAUGAAUUCCCUGAUCGCGUGCAAUAGUUAUUCGAACAGGGCUGGUGCUUGGUCCAGGGCCUCUUAUAGUGGUCGAUAUUCCCACAGUUAUGGCUCCAUCGAGGCUAAGAGGUACCUGGAAAUGACCACGUGAGGGGACCAUAACUUUGGACGGACGCCGAAUAAUAAAAUCCCGGCAGGGUCGUGCCUGUAAUGCUCUCUCUUUGAUUCGGGGACUGACAUCCUUGGAGCUGUACAAAUUCAGAUAAACGAGUAACAUUUGAAGAUACUGUAUUGGGCUUCAGAUUUGAAUACUUGGAAUACUUUAUGUAGUCGAAUUUCGAAUCUGAAUUUUUUGACGACUUGACGUUAUGAUGAUAUAUUUGAAUUUGGUACAGCUCUGAUAUAGGUCUGGGUCAUUUGGUGUCCUUGAUUUGAUGUUGGGAUCUAGGUUCUGAGGAUGUAAUGUCCCUGAUGUGGUGUUGAAGAUCUAGAUCCUGGAGGUCUUUUAUAAUUCUUGAUGUGAUAUUAAGGAUUUAGGUCCACAAUAUCUAGUAACCUUGACAUAAUAUUAAGGCUCCUGGUCUUCAGGGUCUAUGGUUGAUGUGAUAUUCAGGAUCCAAGUUCUGAAGAUCUACUGUCUUCUCAAUCUGAUGUCAAGGAUGUAGGUCCUGAAGGUCUUUAAUAAUUCUUGUUGGGGAUCUAGGUGCUGAGGAUCUAAUGUCUCUGAUGUGAUGUUGAGGAUCUAGGUCGUGGAGGUCUUUAAUAAUUCUUGAUGUGAUAUUAAGGAUUUAGGUCCACAGCAUCUGGUAUCCUUGAUAUUAUAUUAAGGCUCCUGGUCUUCAGGGUCUAUCCUUGAUUUGAUGUUGGAGAUCUAGGUUCUGAGGAUCUACUGUCCCUGAUGUGAAGUUGAGAAUCUAGGUCCUGGAGGUCUGUAAUAAUUCUUGAUGUGAUAUUAAGGAUUUAGGUCCACAGCAUCUGGUACCCUUGAUAUAAUAUUAAGGCUCCUGGUCUUUAGGGUCUAUCCUUAAUCUGAUGUUGAGGAUCUAGCUUCUAAGCACCUACUGUCUUUUCAAGCUGAUGUUCAGGAUCUAGGUCCUGGAGGUCUUUAAUAAUUCUUGAUGUGAUAUUAAGGAUUUAGGUCCACAUCAUCUGGUAUCCUUGAUAUAUUCUUAAGUCUCCUGGUCUCCAGCUUUUAGUAACCUUGAUUUGAUGUUCAGGAUCUACUGUCCUUGAUCUGAUGUUGAGGAUCUAAGUUCUAAUAUAGUACCCUUGCUCAAACAUUAAAGAUCUAGGUCCACAGCAUCUGAUACCCCAGAUCUAAUAUCAAGGAUCCAGGUCCUAAAGGUCUUCAAUAAUUCUUGAACUAGUAUUAAAGAUUUAAGUCCACAUCUAGUAACUUUAUAAGCUUGAUGCAACACUAACUAGUAAUGAGCUUGAUGUAACACUAAGGACCUAAGUCCUCAGAUUCUAGGAUUCUUGAACUAAUAGUACUCAGGAUGUAGCAACCUUGAUCUAACAUGGAAGAUCUGGCCUUAAGAACCUAGUACCUUAAGAACCUAGUACCUAGUAAUAUCUAACCCAACAUUAAAGAUCCAGGUCCCAAUAGCUCAGCACACCUGAUCUAAUAUUAAGGAUCCAAGUCCCAAGAAUCUAGUAUCAAUAUAUAUAUAAAAUCGAGGAUUUAAGUAAAAAGCAAAAUGGCGAUUUGUUUCCAUGUUUGUCAGAUUUUAAGUGAAACCACAAAAAGAAAUUUAAUCAACAAAAUCUGAGACUUCCUAACCUUACCAAUGCUAACUCUAAUAUUCCUCAGCAUAAAACCACUGCUCUUAAACUCAGAAUGAAGCUUCGUGACUAAGCUAAGCAAAGAAUAAAUGUUUUCUAUCUCAAAGAAAAUACCUACAAGUUAACCUCGAUUACCAAUCACUAAAGAACUUAAAGAGUCGCAAGCAGACCAGACAUCAUUCAGACGUUUCAAACAGUAUUCUCAGAAGGCAGACAAACGAAGAUAACUGGAUGAAUACAGAAACAUGUAACCUACACGUCUAGUAAGAUAGCAGUUGAGAUCUAGAAGAAUCUAGAACAUAUUAAAUUUUGCUAAAUUACUAGACGUGUACAGUGUUCGUAAAUGGAGUUUAUUUAGUAAAUACACAUAUACUAGGCACGAUCCUGAAAAGAAGUAUACAAGAACGUUCAAAUCGAUAGAACCUUAUUUUUAUUCACCAUCAAAGGCACCAGAGAGCCACGAUAGGUUUGUACAUACACAUAUGUUUUAGUUGUUACUAUUCGAUUGCUAGCAUAGUAGAAUCAUUGCUCAAUGUACGUAAUAAAGUGAUUUUUAUUUAACCUGAA